AUGUUGUCGACCAAGUUAGUUUGCAUCGCACUGGUCAGCCUGGUUUUUGGCCAAGUUCAUUUGGUGGCCAGCGAGGAAACCAUUGCCGUUUGUCCCACCAACUUUACCCAGGUGGCGGAUAAGUGUCUCCUGGUGGAUGGUAGUUGGAAGAACUUCUACGAGGCGGAUCGCCAUUGUCGAUCCCUUAACGCCGGACUUUUGAGCAUAAGCAAUCCAACGGAGUUCAAUGCCAUCAACGAAUGGCUGCCGAUCGUUGCACCCUACCAGCCGGAGUUCUGGACAUCCGGAAAUAAGCUGGGCGGAACUGAAGAUUACUACUGGCAGAGCACUGGGAGGAAGGCAAUCUACCUUCCCUGGCAGGCUGGUCAACCCACUCCCACCACCGGUGAUUGCCUCAUACUGUUGGCCAACGUCACCAUGACUGCCGAAGGGACCACAUUGAGCGAGCAUCGCUUGUCCGUGAGGAACUGCACCAAAUGGGUACCCCACGUCUGCGAGGCCCCACUGCAAAUCUUCAAGACCCAGCUUUGCCUUAACACUACUGCUUUCUUCGAGGCCAAGGUGCCCGCUUAGGUCAAUCGAAGGGGCUCCUCCUAAUUGGCCAUGGUUGUUUGUUUUCCUAUAUGAUCAAUCGUUUUUAUAUGAAUACAAACAUUUAUGGUUUUAAAUAAAAAUUUAAAAAUUUGCAAAUUAA